AUCUGCAAAGACUGUACAACUAUCCAAAUUAGAGACGUCAAGAAUGCAGCUUCCUCUAUACUGACGUUCUAACUGAAAAGUGUCAGGAUUUUCCCUUUACGUAACUGCAAACUGUUGUUUUUACAAAUGCGAUUAAAAUCAGUUUCUACACAAUUAUAUCGCUAUUACACAUCUAGUUUUUGGAAAUUCUCCAACUAUCCUAGUAGAUGUUUGUAUACAUAUCCGUCGAGUACUCGCAGAGUCCUUUGCAGUUUGAACACAAUCCAGCCUAAAAUCUUUUGUUGUUCAGACACUAUAACUAAUCCAAAAUCAACACUGCCAGCUGCUGUCACAUCAGAUAACUCUGAAUUGUCAGAUGUUCAAGAUGAAAUCAAAGGAAAGAUGUACAUUGAAUUCACAUGCAAGAAGUGCGCUACUCGGUCAAGUAAAUAUUUUUCUAAGUUGGCUUAUGAAAAAGGCAUAGUUAUUAUUCGUUGUGACGGGUGCCAGAGUCUGCAUCUAAUUGCUGAUAACCUGGGAUGGAUUAAAGACAAACAUUGGAAAUUAGAGGAUUGCGUAAAGGUUAAUAAAAAAUCAGUAUGUAUAGCUUAAAUGGACAUUUUAAGACAGAAACUACUGUGAUCAAGUUGAUUAAGCUUUACUUAUGUACAUCUGUAAGAACACACCACCCAACAAGAUCAGUCUCCUCAGUCAAUGUAUCUUGAACUCAUAUUUACAUUGUACAGUGUAAAUAGAAUAAUAAUAAAAUCCCUGAAGUUUUGCUGAUUCUGAGCCAUAUCACUCAACGUCUUCAUCCGUUUAUCCCAGUUAUCGCGAGGACCCCAACCAGGUAGUCUACAUUUACCGACAUAUGUUAGACUGACAGUCGAUGGCUUUAUUGACUGAUGUUAUGUUUUCGACUUGGUUGCCACUAUCUUUACUUCAACCUACUCCUAUACCAGGUAGGGGGUGGUUGGACAUGCAUAAUACAUGUCUCAGUCACAGUAAAUAAAGACCCACGGCUUCAAUGGAUUCGCCACUUUUCAUCUUACCUCGAGACUGUUUAUUCUAUACUCUCAUGAUCCAUGAGCAAUGCUUCAAGGAUACAAUCAAAAACUUGUAGUCUACUCAUGUCUUGUUACCAUGAAUCACGUUU